UUUAAAUGAAAAUCUAUGGAAAAUCUGCUUUGGAAAUGCUUCCUUGAAUAUAAAUUAAUAUUGAAUAGUAUUUUGUUGCGAAAAUGAAUGAAAGUGAAGAUACGAAAUACGGUGAAUGCAGGUGUUGUUUCGCGCUGGGCAACCAUCGCGAUCUUAUGAAGGAGUACGAAUGGAAUGGCACUCGCGAAGUUUAUUUUCAAAUAUUUUUGGAGUGUUUUAAUGUGUUUUUGUGUACCAAAACUGGCAAGAGUAACCUCAUAUGCACAUCCUGUGUGCUGCGGUUAAGAGAUGCCACCAGCUUCAAGAAGAUGGUGCUGGAAGCGGAGCGAAACCUGACCAGCUGUGAGUUGAAGCAAGAAGAUUCUGUAAAUGAUCCCAUAGCCCCAUCAUCAUCAAUAUUAAAAGUGGAAAUAAAAAGAGAACUGGACGUGAGCUUUGAAUCAAACUUCACAGAGCAGAAGGAUGAGAGCUCAGAUGAUGAGUCCAUGCCUGAACAUAGAGAACCAGUCAAAGUCAAAGUUUGCGAUCCAAGCGCGUGCCGAGCAAAUAUAUGUUCAACAUCUUGCAAAAUGAAAAACAAGAACAGACUGGAGAAACUAGCGUACAUUCACAACACUACCCUCAUUAUAGAAAACUCCAAUGUCACUCCAUUCAAAACCAAAUACCAAAACGGUUUCCCUUGCUUCUACUGCUCUAAGAUAUUCCAGGAUAUAUCUGAAAUGAAACAGCAUCAAAAGAAGCAUACGAAAAUUGAACUAAAGACUAUACUAAAUAUACUAGGGGCUGAAGCAUUUAUAGUGUAUGUUGACGUCACAGACCUGAAAUGUACAAUAUGUAAUGAAGAAAUUCCAAGUUUGGCAGAACUAAAAUCACACUUGGUCAAAAAACACAAGAAGAAAAUGCAAGAUUACCCCGACCGCAUGGUCCCAUUUAAAUUAACCCCAAAUUUGUUCGAGUGUCAAGUGUGUAAAUGCAAUUUCGAAACUUUUGGAGCAAUGGAGCGUCAUAUGAACGUACAUUUUAGAAAUUAUGUCUGUGAGGAAUGUGGCUCAGGUUACGUCACCAAAAGUCGUUUCAAAGCACAUUCUAAGUCGCAUAAUGAGGGUAGUUUUCAAUGUGAGACAUGUGAAAAAGUUUAUGCUACCCCCCAAAAGUUGCAAAAUCAUAUUGACGGUGUUCACAAAAUGGUUAAACGGUUGAAGUGUAUGAAAUGUGGGGAACGUUUUAAUAAUUAUUUUAAACGGCAGAAACAUUUAGUUGAAGCACACGGUGAGGCAAAACUCGAGUAUAAGUGCAACGUGUGCGAUAAAAUAUUUGACAAAAAGUAUAUAUUGUCUACACAUAUGAAAAGGGAUCACUUAGAACAGAGAGAUUAUAAAUGUGAAAUGUGCCCCUACACCUGUUUCACUAAUAAAGAAUUAAAAUGUCACAUGAUUAAACAUAAUGGCUCGCGUAUAUUUGAGUGCUCGGUGUGUAAAAAGUCGUAUGCGAGAAAGAAAACUUUGCACGAGCAUAUGCGGAUACACAAUAAUGACAGACGGUACGCCUGCCAGGUGUGUGGGCAGGCUUUCGUACAGAACUGCAGCUUGAAAGGGCAUAUUAGAACACAUCAUCCUGAAUUGCAGGUGCAAUAGUUUUGUAGCUAUCUGUAUCAAUAAAUGUGUAAAAGCAGUAAAGAAAUGGUGCUGUGUGAUUAUUGUAUAAAAUCUAUUUUCUACCAAACUAUUAAUUAAUAAAUAAUUUAUUAUU